AUGGCAGAUCUCAUGACAAAGAAACCACUGGAGAUAGUCGCGGACGCAUUCAAGGAACUGGCGACCAUGGUGAAUUCGCCAAGUCCGGUCAUGCCCGUGAAGCAAUUCUCUGAAGCUUGCUCUCUCUUCAUGCACCUUUUUAAUGUUCUCGAAGAAGCCUUUAAAUUUGCCGAGAUAGACUAUGUUGUCAAGGUUAAUGAUCUUGCCAAGGCGUCGAACUCAAUAUCAACAUUAGAGGUAAUGGUUGACAAAGAUAUUGAGGCUAACUGUGUAAAGCAUGUUGGAAGUCAUACAAGAAACCUUCUGAGGAUAAAGCGAGGUCUCGAAAUGAUCAAGUGUCUUGGCGAAGAAUUAAUAGCUACCGAAGCUGAUAGCUCCCUAAAGGAUGCAGUAUUCAAGGCUUACAAUCAAGUGUUUUCUCCCUACCAUACGUAUGGUAUUCAGAAAGCUGCUGCUACAGGGAUCGAGUCUCUCCCUCCAAGGGCUUUUCUAUGGCCCAUGAUCAGUGAAACUGGUUUUGAGAAAGAUUGUGGAGACUUGAGUGUCUCAGAAUGCCAAGCAAUCUCUUGGUGUAUGGCACAGUUGUUGUCGCACAGUUGUUGUUGCAGGUUUCUUGUUGGAACUGCAGAGUUGUUGUUGCAGAGUUGUUGUUUUAGGGUGUUUAAAACAGUGACAGAGUUGGAUAACACAAGCAACUACAAAGGGUUUUUCGGUCUGCUCAAAUUCUGCAUAUCUACUGGAAUUGAAAGCUUGUUGGGACACGAGGUUAUGUACUGGUUUUACAAGUGUUUGGCCAAGAUUCAGUGA